CUAGAUUUGUACACAGGACACACGAAGCCAGUCUGAGCUUCAUCACUUGGAGUCAACAUGGCCGACCCCCUCAGCGUCGCGGGGCUGGCGCUGAGCGUCGCGUCGCUGACCUUUGAACUUUUCUCGGGCUGCAUCAAAGGUUACAAUCUUCUCCUUGACGCCAAAGACAUGCCGAAAAGGUACCGCCAUCUACUUGUCCGACUUCAAAUGGAAAAGGACAAGCUCCUGGGCUGGGCAGUGCUGGCCAAGGUAUCGGAGAGCGACGACUCGCUGGUCACGACGAUGAAACUGAGUCGACAUACCAUACAGGAUGCAUUUCGUGAGAUGCAAGUGCUCCUCCUAGAUGUGGCCAAGCUCAACCAGCGCUACAGCCUGCAUCUUGUCGCGGUGGAAGAUGAGAGCGAAAGUGAUGAAGCUGAGGCCGAAGACGCCCCGGAACCACGAAAGCUCCCAGAGCACUUUGUCACGCUUGAGCAAAGGGCUGUUCGACUGUUCGACAAGACUAGAAAGAGCCCGAGACGGCUGCGCUGGGCAUCUUUUGACAAGGGGAAGUUCGAGGAGCUGCUCUCGACUAUUACACUGCUGAACGAGAAUAUGACCCAGUUUCUCAACGCGUAUGAGCUUGAGAAGCACUUCAAGAUGCAAGAGGUAACUUUUAUGCAAGUGCUUCAAGUGAGCAAUCGCAUGGACGAGCUGCUCGAGCUUGUCAAAUCACUCUCAGCGGUGCCCGUUGCCCCUGAGGGUGCCAUGGAGAUCAGCAACGACCGCGCACAUGUGCAGCGGCACGCUUAUGAGUCGCGAGCUGUUCGACUAACCCGGUUCAGAGCCUUGAACCUCUCAGCCGACAGGACGCAACAGGGUGACAGCAUUGAUGGGAAGCAGCCACCAGCAGAGGCGCUGGAGGUGUCGGUCGAUGACCUCCAAGUGCCGCCGGUGUCUGGGUCGGUAUAUCCCCGGGAUGGCCAAAGGUCAUGUGCCACCGUCCAAGGAAAGCCGGUGUGGAUAGAAUGGCGGUACUAUCAGCCUGUCUACACCGACGAGGACGACGAUGAAAUUGGAGGGCCGCCGGCGACGUUGAUGACACGGGUCGCGAAAAUGGCAAGACUGUUGUCUGACCCCGAGAAGCCGCCAGAGUUUCAUGUCCCCGAAUGCCUAGGAUAUGUCCGAGAUCCCAUGGAGUGCCGCUUGGGGUUUGUCUUUAAGAUGCGUAUGCCGACAGAGCCGAUGCUCCCAACAUCGCUGCGUGAGCAUCUUGCAACACUCAGGAAGCCAUCACUCACGAUUCGGCUUGAAAUGGCGCGCUUGAUUGCCGCCUCCAUCUGGUAUCUUCAUUCGACUGAGUGGCUCCAUAAAGGACUGCGAAGCGACAACAUCCUUUUUGAGGACACGGGGAAGGGCUCACUGUCGACACCGGUACUGGCGGGAUUUGACUACUCGCGGCCUGCCGGCCUUGAUGAAACGACGGAGCGUCCUACGGGGGACCCGUCGCACGAGCUGUAUCGACACCCAAAGACCCAAUUCGACGUACCGCGGGAGGGCAAGAACGGGUUCCGUAAACUGUACGACAUAUAUAGCCUUGGUGUCGUUCUCUUCGAAAUUGGUAGCUGGCAGCCAAUCCACCGGGUCAUGGGCCUGGACGAUGGUCAAAAACCCAAAGCGGCGGCGGCGAAGACGGUCCGCGAGACGCUCCUUUCCGAGGAGAAGCUCAACAUCCUCGAAGGAGAGGCAGGGUCAAUGUUCUCGUCGGCAGUAAAAUUCUGCUUGACAGGUGGGUCGGACGAAGAGAGAGGCGGGCGCGGGCCGGAUGAUGCCACCCUGCAGCUCGAGUUUUGGGAGAAAGUUUUGGCACCACUGGAGAAGAUUCGAAUCUGACGCUGGA